CCAUUAGUAGCCAGCUACAUUGUUACAAUCCUUCCUUCCAUUUCCUGCAACAUUCCGUUUUUAUGUUCUCUGAAAGGAAACGUUAUUUCGUUUCAGCGUCUCGGAUAUAUUAGCCUGUCUUCUAUAUUGACUGCUGGGACACGAAUGAAAGGAUCAGAUAUGAAGAGGGUCCGUGGCCAGGUACGGCUGGGUCGGUUCACCGGGACACGGACGGGAGGCUGCUGAAUGAAGGCUGCGGUGAUGUGCGCGUGCUGCUGUUUUGGAAUCCUCGGCUUGGGAGCAAGAACCGCCUGACAACAUGACUGGGUUCAACCAGCAGAAUGUAGAGGAAUACUAUGAGAUGGGAGAUGAGCUGGGGAGUGGUCAGUUUGCGGUGGUAAAGAAAUGUCGUGAACGUAGCUCUGGCCUGGAGUAUGCCGCUAAGUUCAUCCGUAAGCGACGGAGCAAGUCGAGCCGGCGUGGCGUGACCCGGGAAGACAUCGAGAGGGAGGUCAGCAUUCUGAAGGAGAUUCAACACCCCAACACCAUCACGCUACACGACGUGUUCGAGAACAAGACUGAUGUCAUCCUCAUACUAGAACUGGUGGCUGGUGGAGAACUGUUUAAUUUGCUAGCAGAGAAGGAGUCCCUAACAGAAGAGGAGGCUACAGAGUUCCUCAAACAGAUUCUGGAUGGGGUCCACUACCUGCACUCCAAACACAUUGCACACUUUGACCUCAAGCCAGAGAACAUUAUGUUACUGAACAGAGCUGUGGCCCAUCCUCGCAUCAAGCUCAUCGACUUCGGUCUGGCACACAAGAUCGAUUUUGGCAAUGAUUUCAAAAACAUCUUUGGCACCCCGGAAUUUGUAGCUCCAGAGGUAGUCAACUAUGAACCGCUCGGCCUGGAGGCAGACAUGUGGAGUGUUGGGGUGAUCACCUAUAUUCUGUUGAGUGGUGCAUCUCCGUUCUUGGGGGAGAAUAAGCAGGAGACUUUAGCUAACGUGUCGGCGGUGGACUAUACCUUCGAUGAAGAGUUCUUCAGCAGCACCAGCCUCCUGGCCAAAGACUUUAUCACCAGGCUGCUUAUCAAAGACCCAAAAAAGAGAAUGACCAUCCAGGACAGUCUGCUCCAUCCCUGGAUCAAGCCAAAGGACUCCCAGCAGGCUCUCAGCAGGAAGGAGUCUGCAGUCAACAUGGAGAAGUUGAAGAAGUUUGCUGCUCGGAGGAAAUGGAAGCAAUCGGUGCGCCUCAUCUCGUUGUGUAACCGUCUCUCUCGCUCCUUCCUGUCUCGAAGCAACAUCAGUGUGGCUCGCAGUGAUGACACGCUGGAUGAGGAAGACUCCUUUGUGAUGAAGGCUAUAAUCCAUGCAAUAAACGACAACAACGUACCUGGCCUGCAGCACCUUCUGACCUCACUGACCAGCUAUGACCUUAACCAGCCCAACAAGAACGGGACUCCCCCCCUCCUGAUUGCAGCAGGCUGUGGGAACAUUCAGAUCAUCGAUGUGCUGAUGGGGAAAGGAGCUGAGAUACAGGCCCACGACAAGAGUGGAGCGAACGCCAUCUACUACGCAGGGAGACACGGACACGUGGAGACCCUCAGGUUCCUGCAUGAAAAGACCUGCCCUCUGGACGUCCAAGAUAAGAGUGGAGAGACAGCCCUCCACGUGGCAGCUCGCUAUGGCAACGUGGAUGUGGUCCAAUACCUGUGUAGUAUCCAUGCCAACCCGGACCUCUCAGACAGGGUACGUGUACACACACACACAGACACACACACACAGACACACACACACACACACAGACAUCUGUGUCUCAUAGAACAUGGCGCUGACCUCAACUCUACUGACAAGGACAGCCACAUAGCGCUCCACCUGGCUGUGAGGAGGUGCCAACUGGAGGUGGUCAGAUGUUUGCUCCGUCACCCUUGCCCCGUCGACCAUCAGGAUCGCCACGGCAACACGCCGCUGCACAUCGCCUGUAAGGACGGCAACUUGCCCGUUGUCACGACGCUGUGUGCUGCCAAAGCAACCCUCGACCUUCCCAACAAGUAUGGCAGGACACCUCUCCACAUGGCAGCUAUCAACGGUCUUCUAGAGGUAGUCAGACACCUGUGUGUAGCUGGGGCCAAUACAGACGUCGUCACCAAUGAUGGUAAAACAGCAGAAGAUUUGGCAGUGCAGGAGCAGCAGGAGCAUGUUGCUGUGUUGCUGGUUAAACUGAAGAAGAACAACCAUAAAGGCAGCUACAUCCAGGCUCUGCGUCCCACCAGCACCCCCCAGCCUCGGGUCAAGCUGAAGCUGCUGGGCCACUGUGGCUGUGGGAAGAGCUCCCUCCUAGAGAGUCUGAAGUGUGGCAUCCUAAGGGGCUUCUUCAGGAGGAGACGACCACGGGGCAACAACACCCCACGACACCCCAACUCACCCAUGGAUGGCAAGGCUGCAGUGUCCGUGAGUAUCUCCAACCUGUAUCCUGGCUGUGAGAACGUCUGUGUACGUAGUCGCAGUAUGAUGUUUGAGCCCAGCCUGACCAAGGGAGUCCUGGAAGUGUUCAGCCCCGUCACCAACGCACUCUCCUCAUCCGACGACCUCGCCACCAGAGCCAUCGACAUCCAGAACACUAACAUCAAUGGUGUAGGAGACUUCAGUGUUUGGGAGUUCAGUGGUAACCCUGUGUACUACUGUUCUUACGACUACUUUGCUGCCAACGACCCUACAGCCAUCCACCUGGUGCUGUUCAGUCUGGAGGAACCCUACGAGACUCAGCUCAGCCAGGCGACAUACUGGCUCAACAUGUUGAAGGCCUUAACACUGCCACAGGAUACUAUAGCGUUUGGAGGUCGCAUCCAUAGCCCGCUGACGGUAGUCCUUGUGGGGACUCAUGCUGACGUGGCUUGCCUGCCUCGGGGGGCUGGAGGGGAGUUUGGAUACGACAAGGAGAGGCCUCUACUCAAGGAGCUCCGGAACAGGUUUGGCAACGACCUGCAGAUCUCAGAGAGGCUGUUUGUGAUGGACGCUGGAGCCUCCACCUCUAAAGACGUCAAACUGCUCCGGAACCACCUGCUGGAACUACGCAAUAACAUCGUCUCUACCUGUAGUCCCAUGUCGGCCCUUUCAGAGUGUCUGGUCUCGACCCUGCCCUCCUGGAGGAAAAUGAGUGGCCCUAACCAGCUGACGUCAUGGCAACAGUUUGUCUCUGAUGUCCAGGAACACAUCAACCCACUGGUCAGCGAGGAGCACCUCCGAGGGGUCGCACAGCAGCUCCACAGCAUGGGAGAGAUCAACCUGAUGCAGAGUGAGACGGUGCAGGAUGUGAUGGUGUUGGAGCCUCGCUGGCUGUGUAGUGGGGUGUUAGCCCGCCUCCUCUCUGUGGACACGCCUAAAGCCAUCCACCACUACAGGGGGCGCUACAGACUAGAGGAGAUACAGGCUCUGGCCCCAGAGAGCGACGUGGACGAACUGCUACAGGUGCUGGAUGCCAUGGACGUCAUAUCAAUGUGCGUGUCCCGUGACCUGACCAACCCUGGCAUGGUGGAUGUCCCCGCCCUGAUCAAGACCAACACUCUCCACCACUCCUGGACGGAGGAAGAGGAGGAGGACGAUGUCCUGAUCUACGGAGGGGUCAUGCUGGUUCCUGCUGAACACCUCACACCUUUCCCCUGUGGACUGUUCCACAAGCUACAGGUGAACCUGUGUCGCUGGAGCCACCAGCAGCGCCCUGAGGACGACACAGGGGAGGGGCCUGACGGAGACAUCCGCCUCUGGACCAAUGGGGCAAAGGUGAGCCAAGGCGGAGCGGAGGCCAUGAUCCUAUUGGUCAACCACGGCCAAGGGGUGGAGAUUCAGGUCAGAGGUCACGACAGCGAACGGGCCAAGUGUUACACCCUCCUGGACACCAUGGUUACCAUCACAGAGUCGCUCCUGUCCUCCACCCUCCCUGGCCUCCUCAGCGCCCGGUACUACCUCAGCCCCCAGCAGCUCAGAGAGCAUCACGGUCCCGUUAUGAUCUACCAGCCUAAAGACUUCCUGAAGGCUCAGACCCAGAGAGAGACCAGCCUCACCAACACCAUGGGGGGGUACAGGGAGAGCUUCAGCAGUAUCCUCGCCUUGGGCUGUACUGAAGUCUAUAGUCAGGGUAGUCUGUGUGCAGAUGUCCACAUCUCAGAGGUCAGCCUGCUGGCCAGGAGGAAGCUGUGUCGUCUUUUAGACCCUCCUGAUGCGCUGGGGAAGGACUGGUGUCUGCUGGCUAUGAACCUGGGUCUCACCUACCUGGUGGCCAAACACAGCUCCACCCCCAACGGGACCCCAAUCAAUGGGGGCCCUGCCCCAGACAAUGACCCCGCCCUCCUGGCCAGCCCCACGGCAGCGCUGCUCCUGGAUUGGUCAGCCCGUCCAGACAGCACGGUGGGGUUGUUGAUGUGGAAGCUGCGUGAGUUGGGGAGGCGUGACGCUGCUGACUUCCUGUUAAAGACCUCGCCUGUCUUCAGGGUCAACGUAGAGGGUGUGGCUAGGGGAAGGGGAAGAGCCUGUAACGGUGGCACCUCCUACAACUCCAUCAGCUCAGUCAUCUCCCGAUGAGACGGGUGUAAUCCCUGGGAACCAAGAAACACAGGGACAAACCUGAACGGGGUUUACUUUUUCCGUUGCAAAACAUUUUGCUUCAGUGUGCGCUAUUGAAUACACACCAUGUCCUGGAUCAGAACAGCUUCCGCUCAUCCUGAUCUGGCCCACCAGGGGAGAAGAUUAGAAACUGAUCCUAGAUCAGAGUGGGGAAACUAACUGUGUCCUGUCCUCAGAGUGAGGCUGGGCGAACUAGGGCUGACGAACCAACCAACACCAUGUGCAAUCUAAUCUUUCCCAGGGUUUAGUGUUAGUUCUUUCCUGUUAACCCCUAGGUCACUGAUGCUCUGUGAGACUGAUGCUCUGUGCACAUCCAGUAUCCAUAUGGCUCCCCUCCUCUCUUCUCCUAGUCUCCUCCUGUCCUCUCCUCCUCCUCCUCCUGUCCUCCUCUCCUCCUCCUCCUGUCCUCCUCUCCUCCUCCUCCUGUCCUCCUCUCCUCCUCCUCCUGUCCUCCUCUCCUCCUCCUCCUGUCCUCCUCUCCUCCUCCUCCUGUCCUCCUCUCCUCCUCCUCCUGUCCCCCUCUCCCCCUUCUCCUGUCCUCCUC